CGAGACUCUCUUCUUUUCUCUUCGGAUGCUCUCGAGACUAUUCACGAGAUAUAGACCCAUCAAAAGUACCCUCAACGUUUACCCAGUCAACCGAUUCGCGACCUAUUCGAACAUGUCAUCUAUUCUCGAACCUAUCGCCAAGAAGUUGAAGGCUUCCAAGACCAUUGGAACGCACUCGGGCACAUUCCAUGCCGAUGAAUCCCUUGGUGUCUCCAUGUUGAGGAAGACUGCGGAGUACAAGGAUGCCGAUCUGACCAGGACUCGUGACCCGAAAGUCUUGGACACUCUGGACAUCGUCAUCGACGUCGGCGGAGUGUACGACCCCGCUCGUAACCGAUACGAUCACCACCAAAGGGAGUUCGACGAGGUAUUCGGCGAUGGUACCUUCCCUUACCCUUCGUCGAAGGUCGGAGGACGUCAAUUGGAGGAGGGCAAGGAGUUUUCCAUCAAGCUCAGCAGUGCUGGUCUUGUCUGGAAGCAUUUCGGAAAACAUAUUAUCAACACGAUGUACGGUUGGGCCGAGGAUGACGAGAAGACCCAGACAAUUUGGUUGAAGAUGUACUCGUCUUUCGUUCAAGCCAUCGAUGCUAACGACAACGGUAUCUCGAUGUACGACACCGAUGCCAAGCCUCGAUACAGCGACUCGACCAACUUGCCCGGCCGUGUGCGAGACCUCAACCCUCGAUGGAAUGAGGAGUCUAACGACACCCUCCUUGACCAAAAGUUCGAGGAGGCUUCCAAGAUGGCCGGAGACGAGUUCUUCCGAAAGCUCGAUUUCUACGUUAACGCUUGGAUUCCCGCUCGUGAGCUUGUCAAGACUGCCAUCGACUCUCGAUUCGAAGUCGACUCGAGCGGCCAGAUCAUGGUCUUCCAUCAGUCGAUGCCUUGGAAGGACCACUUCUUUGAUCUCGAGGAGCAGAUCAAGCCGGAGAAGGAGAUCCUUUACGUGCUUUACCCUGAGAGCUCCGAGAAGCCCGAGGGCAAGUGGAGGAUCCAGUGUGUCUCGGUCCGAGCGGACAGCUUCAAGAACAGGAAGGACAUGCCCGAUGCAUGGAAGGGUGUCAGGGACCAGGCUCUGAGCGAUGUUUCCGGUAUCGAGGGAUGCAUCUUCGUUCACGCUUCCGGCUUUACUGGAGGCAACAACACCAAGGACGGUGCUUUGAAGAUGGCUAGGGCUUCCGUUGCCGCUUAGGCGAAAAGACCGAUCAAUAGGAUUCGGUUUAGACUAUGGUCUUGCGCUCGCUGCGCAGAAUAAUAUUACGUUGUACACCUCACGACUCACAUUUCGUGACCAACCUCAACAAAAGAGAGUCGAGACAGAAGCACCUCGAUCCCGUCUAUGCUAGACGGUCAUACAUUACUGCAUAUAUUUUUACGAUUGCUGGUGGCGGUG